AUGAGGAGAGCGAAAGCUGAGGACGGCAACUGGUUCGGUGUCCAGGAUCCACGCAAGAGAAAACAAAUCCAGGACAGACUUGCCCAAAGAGCACGGAGGAAACGCCUCGCAGAAGCCAAAGCACAAGCGACUACGACCUCUUCUUCUGAUACCACCGCCGGCGCGGAUGAUCCAGCCAAUGUUGAUUAUUCCUCUGACGCGUCCGAUGUCCGAAGCAUUCAUCACAUUAUCAGCAGAGAAACUACGCCCGAUGUCCCGGAAUCGACUGGUAGUGAAAAGAGAUCACGCGUCAAUCACGACUAUCAUAAGCUCGCAGGAGGCAAGAAACACAAAUCCCAUCAACCGGGCGUUGCGUGCCGAGACGGUUCUGCCAUAGGUGUCGACUUGAGACAAUCAUCUCGAUCACAAUCUCCACCUACUUGCCGUUUAAAGACCUUCAGUGCACAGACCGUUUCAAAUCGAAAGUCCUCUUCAGGUUUCUCUCCAACCAGCCACGGCAGUAUUGCCAAAUCCCAAUCUCAUUCAAAGCUCGAACUCCCUACGCAAACGCUCUCUCCAAAGGACUUCAACCUUUCAUUGCGCUAUCGUGGCAAGCAAUGGCAUUUCCACAGUAUUGCGCACAAAGCCAAAGUCCUGGAAUUCAUCCUCCUAAAAGAAGAAAAGGACGUCGAGUCAUAUCCCAUCCUGGCAUUCUCCAAAAAUGCGAAGAAAGCAGCGUUUGCGACAGAGGAUGAUGAUGGCGAUGAGAGUACGGUGAAGGAUUAUUUCCGAUUCUAUACACAUUUCAUGAACGAGAGGUUUCCAGAAAUGAGAAGUUAUUGCUAG